AUGUUACUGUCUCAAAAAUUGACUUCUGAGAACGCAUCCCUGGCGGAGAUUCGAGCCAUGAUAGACCAAGCAAGGAACAAGACCAACGGAGCAGCAGUGGAGGCGCUCAAGCAACAAAUUCGCAAGAUGAAGGCAGCUGGAAAAGCGCAACUGGUCCGGGAUUUAUUCCGGGCCGGUAUUCGAGCCGAGAUCAUGAGCACACCGACAAUAUUCCAAGAUCAAAGCUACGCUGAGCUGGUCACUUAUGGAUUUGCCUUGACUGAACGAGACGGGGAGACUAUCAAGUACACACUCGCAGAGCCCAUAGCAGUGCACGCUAUUAUGGAGUAUCUCCGUACAGAAGGCGGAGAGGACUAUCAUAAUCUCAUGCGGCAGUGGCUAGUGGAUACGCAAGAUGACCAUGAAGUCCAGGCCAUGUUUGGAAAGGCUACUGAAUGGUUUGUGGCAAUGUCUCUCGACCACAUGUUUCGAUACCAAAAGGACCAUGUGUCUACUUUGCCUGACCUCUUGAAUGGAUCUGCCCGUCGUGAGGCAUUAUUGAAGAUCCUGGCUGGGUCGGUCUCACUCAAUCCACAGCAAGGCACGCCCAUAUCGAAACUCGGGUCAGUCAUCAGGACAGACAACCUUACGCUGCUACCCAGGGAGCCAACGGUAUAUACUUACCACACCCCAAGCACAAUUUGGGACUGGAUGAGGUUAUACCGGACGGAGGGUCACCACUCAAUCCCGACCUUCAUGUUCCCUAACAUCAUGGCUGGACCUGAUCUGGUGUUCAUCUUGGAGAACCGGUCAGCAAUAGGGAAAGAAGAGGAAGAGCCUCAUGGAAAGUUACGGCAGCCUUUUAGCCCAUCAGAAACGAUUGUGGUAGCGGCACAGGUCAAAACCGGUCGAAGUGCCAAGUUCGAGGCUGCCAUGGAAACACUUAUCGACUCAAACUGGCACCGCAGCACCAGGGAAAGCGGCCGAGACGAGGAACUGACUCAUUGGACGGGCACUAAAUUUCUCCUGCUCUUGAUAUGCACCGGUAUUACAGUCACUCAGGAAAAGCUUGAUCAAUGGAUGAUGAAGAACUCGGGGCGGAUACAAGGGGGGCGCUUCUUCUGCGUUCUGGAUGAGACAGUCACGAGUGAUGUAUGGGGCCAAGACUUUGUUGCCUUGGCAGACGCUAUCAAGACGAAAAAGGUUGAGAUGCGAGGUGGAAUGAUGGCGCAGAGGCAGGGCGGUAAUAGGGGCAACAGGAACCACCGUGAUGGAAAUACGUCGGAGAGUCAACUACCGGACAGGUCGAAAAAGCGUCCUCGGAACACUUAA